GAGAAUUCAAUUCAUUCUUGAAAAGAUAAUACUGGUUCAUGUUGAAUAACAGUUCUUCUUUUUUUGUUGUUGUGCCAAUCAUAUAUACUCUGAUUCAUUACUUGUCUAUGCUAUUCUUGUUUGGCUGUUUGAUUCAUUUGUUUCCAUAUAUACCAACUUGUAUUCUGCAGCUUCUUCUGUUUCUUCUUUAUUUAUAUCGUCAAGGAUGAUUCCAUUGACAUGUUUGAAAGGAUUAGCAUAUCGUUGGCUUUGACUUCAGAUACGUUUACAGGGCAUUUAGUGUAUGUA